CGCGUUUCUGGGAUGUCACUGAGUGUUCAACGAGCCACUGGUGGCUAAUACUUCGUCUUUUCGUCUUCAAAGCUGUUGUUUCAUAAUCUAUUGGGCUCCUAUAUUAUUGCAUGUUCGUUAAUACCCAGAAACCGGUUAAUCUAGGCGUUGUGAUUGGCCAUCAGAGGCCGUCAAGCCGCGUCAAAUCAUCUGCUGUUAACAGUUCGGGAACAUACUGAUUGCAUCACAACGGUUUGCGGAGACGGGCAUUAUGGCGGCGGUGGAUUUCUCAAAAAUCUAUUCUGCUACAUACAGCAGCGUCCCAGUUUACGAGUUCAAAAUCGAUGGCGAAAGUGUUAUGCGCCGACGAGGCGAUAAUUGGAUCAAUGCUACACAUAUUCUCAAAGUAGCUGGUUUUGACAAACCAGCGAGGACCCGGAUUCUCGAGCGUGAGGUCCAGAAAGGGACCCAUGAGAAGGUUCAGGGUGGCUACGGCAAAUACCAGGGAACAUGGAUCCCACUGCCUGAGGGUCGUUUACUCGCCGAGCGCAAUAACAUCAUUGACAAGCUAAGGCCGAUUUUCGACUAUGUUGCAGGGGAUCACACUCCUCCACCGGCACCGAAACAUACUUCCGCUGCCUCAUCAAAACCAAGAGCCUCCAAAAAGAAAGCUGUGAAUGAGCAGGUAUUCAGUGCUGCCAAACCCAUUCGCAACAUGGGACCACCGAGCUUCCCGCACGAACAAUUCGAGAUCAACCCUGGUUAUGACGAUAACGAAUCGAAUGAGCAGGCGACACUCGAGUCAUCUUCCAUGGUGGCAGAUGAAGAGAUGAUGCCUAUGUCGCAACAUGGCUCUUAUUCUCGAAAGCGCAAGCGUGAGAUGAAUGAAGUCACUGCCAUGUCGAUUAGUGAGCAGGAGCACAUACUCUAUGGUGACCAGCUGCUGGAUUACUUCAUGACAGUUGGAGACGCCCCAGAGGCAACACGCAUUCCACCUCCGCAACCUCCAGCCAAUUUCCAAGUCGAUCGUCCAAUUGACGAUUCAGGCAAUACUGCUCUUCAUUGGGCCUGUGCAAUGGGGGAUUUGGAAAUUGUGAAAGAUCUAUUGCGAAGGGGCGCAAAUAUCAAGGCAUUAUCUGUCCAUGAAGAAACGCCUCUGGUACGCGCUGUCUUAUUUACGAAUAAUUAUGAGAAGAGAACAUUUCCGGCACUUCUGGACCUACUUCUUGACACCGUCUCAUUCAGGGACUGGUUCGGUGCCACCCUUUUCCAUCACAUAUCGGAAACUACCAGGAGUAAAGGGAAAUGGAAGAGCUCUCGAUAUUACUGUGAAGUGCUGUUGGAUAAGUUGCACAAUACCUGCUCGCAAGACGAAAUUGACCUGCUACUCUCCUGCCAGGACUCAAAUGGGGAUACAGCUGCUCUAGUUGCAGCUCGAAAUGGCGCAUUUCGCUUGGUCAAUCUGCUUCUCGGCCAUUGCCCGCGAGCUGGAGAUCUGCGGGAUAUUCCUCCCCCGCCAUCUUCGAUAACAGUGGGAAUUGAUCACACAGAAGGCGAUCUCACUGUCCUGGAAACCCCGGACCAAACCGUUGCUCUUCCGCCCGACGCUUCCCCUGCCACCUCAGCCUUGCUUGCCAAGAUUAGUGCUAUCAUGGCCGAAACUAAUAAGAAGCUCGCGGCUUGUUAUGGGCACACGAAGCCUAACGAACCAGACUCGGACGAUGUCGCGAAUCCCGAAGCUUUCUACCAGCAGUUGGAGCUGGAUCGGCAGAAGAUUCAGAAGCAGACUGCCGCCUUGGAAGCCAAAGAGACCGAAGGAGAGCCGGUUGAGGCACAGCUUGAACGAUAUGAGCGACUCAGAAGCACUUACGAAUCUCUUUUGGAACAAAUUCAACAAGUCCGCCUGAAAGAGCGACUAACAUCAAUGCCUCCACCGGCAAAAGAGAACAUGAUGCCCUCCUCGAGCGAUCAGAACCAAUUAUUAAUCACUUAUCAGCAGGCGCGGCAACUAUGCUCCCUACAGAAAGCGCGCCGUUCAGCUGUCAGGGAUCUAGCUCAGCAGACCGCCGACGCGGGGGUAAGCACCAAAUUCGACGUGCAUCGAAGGCUUGUCGCUCUUGCAACUGGCCUAAAGGAGGAAGAGUUAGACCCCAUGGCCGCAGAGUUGGCUGAGACGUUGGAGUUUGACCGAAUGAAUGGAAGGGGGCCGGGCGGCGAAUCACCUGAGCCAGUGCAGAAGCGUCUCCCUUCUCAAAGGGAGCCAUCGUCCCUCCCGUUCUCUGGGCCAACAGUAUCUGUGGACGCAUGAACAGGGGUGGCUUUGGCUGAGAAGCAUGUCUGUAAUCAUGACUCCAAUCGUACAAGGUUGUACGCCCUCUUGAUUUACUCCCAUUCUGACGCGGGGGCCGCUUAACUCUCCAUAUCCAUUUCUUCUCUGCAUGUCCCAGCAUUAUCUCAUGAUUUGCGAUGCUCUUUGCACUCCUGGCGGACAGAAUGAUGCGAUGUCUGCCAGCAGAUACCCAAGCUCAAUUUCGUAUGUUUUUGAAUGAUCUCGGUGUUUCCAACUACCGAGUGGAUUCUUUGAGAACUUAUCUUGUUCGACUAUUGCAUGCUGAUUUUUCAUCCGUGGUGACCCCGGCUGAUAAUAACCUCCUGACACUGGUUCUGCAGUGAAUGAAGAGAUUGUACAUAGUAACAGACCCAAU